CGGUAGCUUCAGGGGCGGAAACCACAUCCGCAAACAAACGUAACGCUCGUUAGCUAGCAACAGCUUUAAUGCGGUGUAAACACAUGUGUGGAGCGACGGUCGAGUAAGAGCAAAGGAUAUGUUUAAAAACACAUUUCAAAGUGGAUUCUUGUCUAUAUUGUACAGCAUUGGCAGCAAACCACUGCAGAUAUGGGACAAAAAGGUGAGGAAUGGUCACAUCAAAAGAAUCACAGACAAUGACAUCCAUUCACUGGUGCUGGAGGUUGAGGGGACAAAUGUCAGUACCACAUAUAUAACAUGUCCUGCAGACCCAAAGAAGACAUUGGGCAUCAAGCUUCCUUUUCUGGUCAUGAUCAUCAAAAAUCUCAAGAAGUAUUUCACCUUCGAAGUCCAGGUGUUAGAUGAUAAAAACGUUCGCCGGCGGUUUCGAGCCAGUAACUAUCAGAGCACGACACGGGUGAAGCCGUUUAUCUGCACCAUGCCUAUGAGACUGGAUGACGGCUGGAACCAGAUUCAGUUCAACCUGUCGGACUUCACCAGGAGGGCCUAUGGGACCAACUACAUUGAAACACUGCGUGUACAGAUCCACGCCAACUGUCGGAUAAGGAGAGUGUAUUUCUCAGACAGGCUGUAUUCUGAGGAGGAGCUCCCGGCAGAGUUUAAACUCUACCUGCCUGUACAGAACCAGAAGGCUAAGCAGUGAAGAGUCUCUCCCUGCAGUGUUCCCCCAGAUUCGACGUGGAGCUGUGAGAUUGUUUUGUGUUAAGACUCUGAAAAAAACAUUAAAAAAUUUGGUUAUAUUUUAA